UCUCGGUGCUCCAAGUCCAGGCAUGAUUUUACCUCCUUUUUCGUGAUAUCCAAUUACAAUCUUGUCUCGACUCCACAACUAUGGUUGACAUACUAUAAAUACAUUAAUAUUAACAUUUUAACCUGUUUGAAGGUUAAGAAAAUCCCAGGUCAACGCCUGGAUUGCCCACUAUAACCUGUGCUAAUUGUAAAACUCCUGACUCCAGUGACGUCUCCAUACAGAAAGGUUUUACAUGCAUUUAUUUGGUUGUUUUUAUUUUUGAAACUGCUUUCAUAGGGUGCUGAGACUAUAACAUGUUUAACCUCAAUAAAGGCUGGUUGUAUGGAAAUUAAACAGCAGAGGUCGCUGUUGUAAAAAAAAAGAAACGCUCCGCUACAUCAACUUGACUACUCUCGCGAGUCGCGAUAGUUCCGUUCCACUAUCCGGUGGCGGAGACAUCCAGAAGAGAUGGCGGCCAGAGGUAGUUUUCAAUCGGCUCCAACGGGAGGAGGUGGUGGCGGGGGAAUGGGACCUGGACCCCAGGUGCAAGGUGGAGGACCAGGCAUGGGACCUGGAACUCCUGGUGGAAGGAUGGGACCCUCAUCGGGCGCACAGAACCACCUUUACCGAUCUCCGAUGCCUGGGCCUGGAUACCCGAGACCAGGUGGAAUGCCACCCUCCAGCCGUAUGACACCCCAGGGUCCGCCUAUGGGGCCUCCAGGCUACGGCUCCAGCCCCGUGUCCCGACCAGGGAUGCCUGGCGUCAUGGAUCCCUCCCGUAAGAGGCCUGCCCCUCAGCAGGUCCAGCAACAGCGCAACCAACAUACCAAGAAGAAGAAAAUGGCGGAUAAGAUUUUACCUCAGAGGAUCCGGGAGCUGGUGCCAGAGUCUCAGGCCUACAUGGACCUACUGGCGUUUGAGAGGAAGCUGGAUCAGACCAUCAUGAGGAAACGUCUGGACAUCCAGGAGGCACUAAAGAGACCCAUUAAGCAAAAGCGAAAGCUUCGUAUCUUCAUAUCCAACACCUUCAACCCUGCCAAGCCCGACGCAGAAGAUGGAGAGGGCACUGUUGCAUCAUGGGAGCUGCGUGUCGAAGGGCGUCUGCUUGAAGAUACUGCUGUGUCCAAGUAUGAAGCCACCAAGCAGAAGAGAAAGUUCUCUUCCUUCUUCAAGUCUCUGGUCAUCGAGUUGGACAAGGACCUCUAUGGGCCUGACAAUCACUUGGUCGAGUGGCACAGGACUGCGACCACUCAGGAGACAGAUGGGUUCCAAGUGAAGAGGCCAGGGGAUGUGGGCGUACGCUGCACUGUCCUGCUCAUGCUGGACUACCAGCCCCCUCAGUUCAAGCUGGACCCUCGCCUGGCCCGUAUGUUGGGGAUCCACACCCAGACCAGGCCGGUCAUCAUCCAGGCACUCUGGCAGUAUGUUAAGACCCACAAGCUGCAGGACCCCCACGAGAGAGAGUUCAUCAACUGUGACAAGUACCUGCAGCAGAUCUUUGAGACUCAGCGUAUGAAGUUCUCUGAGAUCCCACAACGCCUACAUGCUCUCCUGAUGCCUCCAGAACCUAUCAUCAUUAACCAUGUCAUCAGUGUGGAUCCCAAUGACCAGAAGAAGACAGCCUGCUAUGACAUCGAUGUGGAGGUGGACGACACUCUAAAGACCCAGAUGAACUCCUUCCUCCUAUCCACCGCCAGCCAGCAGGAGAUAGCUGGCCUGGACAACAAGAUCCAUGAGACCAUAGAGACGAUCAACCAGCUGAAGACCCAGAGAGAGUUCAUGUUGAGCUUCGCCAGAGACCCCCAGGGCUUCAUCAACGACUGGCUGCAAUCACAGUGCAGGGAUCUGAAGACUAUGACUGAUGUGGUUGCGAACCCAGAAGAGGAGAGGAGAGCAGAGUUCUAUUUCCAACCCUGGGCCCAGGAGGCCGUGUGUCGUUACUUCUACUCCAAGGUCCAGCAGAGGAGGCAGGAGCUGGAACAAGCCCUGGGAAUCAGAAACACUUAGAGAUGAAGAUGUUGAAGAAAAACAGGCCAACAGAUGAACAAGUGGCCAUUCUCUCUGGGAGGAGGAAAGGAAGUGUGGGACAUUCAUUAAUACACCCCCGAUUUGAGAAAAACAUAUUUGAUAUACAUCUGCUUUCCUGCUGGUGGUAACUAUAGGAUAUCUUUUUGAAAGUCACCUAGCAGGCUGUUAUGGUUAUAUAUCAAUGUUAGAUUUUUACUUCUUAUCUCUUCAUAUUUGUCCCGCUAAAAGAUCUUUUGACUUAUUUUUUCUCAAUGGUCUCUCUCUAUGCCUUACCUCAAUGCAUUCCCUUUUGGGCUGAACUCUCUCAAGUCGCCAAUCUUGAAUCUAUAGGUUGAAAUGACCCCCAACUAAGUAUUGAUGCUACUCCACCAUAACUAAUAUUGAAUAUUUUAAGUCUUAACAUUUGGCCAUUUGUGAAAGAGCAUUGGGUUCAUUUUAAAUACGUUGACAGUCUCUAACCUGCUCUGAGUCCAUACUAACUCAUAACUGAUUAGGUGAUAGACUACACACACUACCAUUCUGGCUUUGGUCUGGAAUAGAUUUUUCAGUGUUUGUUUGGUAUUGAUAGGGUUGUGAGUAUUCAGUGGUCUUUUAUUGCUGUGCUGGCUGUCCGUUUCUUAGUGGUUCAAGACUAUUCUAGAAUUCUUGUUGUAGAAUAUUGUGUACCUCAACAAUUCUCCCCUGAACACUUCAAAGUAUGGUGAUGGCAGCCGGGCUUCACAAUAUUGUGAAGAUUCAGUCUGUUGGUUUAGUUAAUCAUUUAAGGGGCCAUUUCAUUUGAAACUAUUUUUGUGAUGCUUUUUGUUGUUGUUGUUAAUGAUCUUUUUUUAUGUUUCGAAACUAUGAAUUAUAUUGAAGCUUGUAUUGUUAGAAGUUAAACCUUAAGGAAGUAGUGUUAGCAGUAAUAACCUCAAGUCGAUCUAGUUUUGUAAAUACUGAGCAGAAUAAUCUGGUUUGAUGUGAAGGAAAAAUGUCUUGUUUUUAAAGGGCAGACCAUCAUUUUGACUCAUUGUCUAAUGCUCCGAUUAGUUUUCCCAAGACGUUCCCCUUCAAGUGAUACCAAUGGUUUAAUCCAGAACAUUCUCUAUAACCUAACAGCAAGCUGAAGUUGCUUGUUGACCCCGUGUGGAAGAGAGAACAACCUUCAAGGUUCUACUGUUCGGUUAAGAAGACUCCUUCUGGGAUUUCAUCUUUAGUAUUUGUUAGUGUGCAGACGCCAUCAACACCGAGGAAGAUGAGCAUAGAGCUGGGUUCACUAGUAGAUGUGACGUAUUGAAGAAUUUCAUAUUUUUUGAUAGUUAUGAUCGAAAGCUUCCGCUUGUUGUAUUGCUGUUUUAGAUAUGAUGACAUGUAAAGGAUGUAUGAAGUUUCAUGGUUGGACUCAAUUCAUUAUCAGUUCAAUAGUCAAGUGAAUUGAAUUUAAGCGACAUCUAUUUUCAAUGGGGAUUUAUUUUGUUUUAAUAUGAAAGUGUAUUUUCCAUCCACGCUCUGAUUAUCCUGAAUUGCCCCCAAUCCUGUAAAGGAUGAUACUGAAGACUGAUUGAAAUCUUCAGACUUAAAUUGUAUUUUUCUCUUAUUGACCAAACCUAUUUUUCCCUGUAUGUUUUAAUCCUAUGCUAUAAUAAAGGGCAUCUUCAUGAUAACUUCUCAGUUAUGAAUGGAUGAUUUUAAAGCUGGUUUUCUACCAUUUGAUGCACAAACUGGCAGUCUUUCCAUGGAAGUUGUUACCUGCCUAAUGUUCAGCAUCACAGUUUAGUUCUGGGAUUCUUAUGAACACCACACACACCUGACUCAUUGCUGUGAGAAGUGGGUUGAUGCACUUGAUGGUAUAACAACCAGGGGACGGAUCUGGUCAUUGGCCCACAGGUGAACAUAUCAUGUUUAUAGGACCAGGAGUUUUUCCUGGCAGCUGUUUUUGUGAGAGGUUAAGGAUGGGUUUUCUGGGUCCCCUAAAGUCGCCAAACUAUAUGUAUUGCUUCAAUGAACCUUUUGCUCUUGAAAUGAUCCUAAUCGUACUAGGUCAUAGCCUCACUUGUUCAAACAGUGAAGUCUGUUAAAGGAUGAGUACCUGUAUUUAUUGAGAUGUCUUCCGAAGGCAAACUAUUGCUAAUGUGUUUAGAAAUAGUCCUCUUAAAAUAAAUAAAAUAAGGAAAGUGUGGCAUUUCCAAACUUUG